GCAUCUACUGCACUGGUCUGUCUUUCCUGUUUGAGAAUUUGCCUAAGGUGUUACCAGGCAGAUGAAUUUUCACCAUCUACCAUAAUGAGGAAAAGAGAUGCUGCCUUCUGUCUUCUGCUUUUGCCAGCGUUUAUGACUCAAGCAGUACAUGGACAAAGAAAGAAAGGACCAAAGCCAAACAUACUGGCAAGGAAAAAUGACAUCCGGGACUCCAUUUGCUUCAUCGAUGUUGCUUUUAUCUUGGACAGUUCUGAAAGCUCUAAAAUUGUCCUCUUUGAUAAUCAAAAAAAUUUUGUGGACAGCUUGAGUGAGAGGAUUUUCCAGUUGACUCCUGGUAGGUCACUGAAAUAUGACAUCAAGUUGGCAGCCCUUCAGUUUAGCAGCUCCGUCCAGAUUGAUCCACCCUUUUCUUCUUGGAAGGAUCUACAGACAUUUAAGCAGAGGGUCAAGUCUUUGAAUUUAAUUGGGCAAGGUACCUUCUCUUAUUAUGCCAUCUCCAAUGCCACAAGGCUGCUUAAGAGAGAAGGACGUAAAGAUGGUGUGAAAGUGGCUUUGUUGAUGACUGAUGGCAUUGAUCAUCCCAAGAGUCCAGAUGUCCAAAGUAUUUCUGAAGAUGCUAGAAUUUCAGGAAUAUCAUUUAUCCCUGUGGGACUUUCCACUGUGGUCAAUGAAGCCAAACUUCGCUUGAUAUCUGGGGACUCAUCCAGUGAACCUGUUCUACUAUUGAGUGAUCCAACUCUUGUAGACAAAAUCCAGGAACGUCUGGAUGUCUUAUUUGAAAGGAAGUGUGAACACAAGAUCUGUGAAUGUGAGAAGGGAGAUCCAGGUGACCCAGGGCCUCCUGGUACCCAUGGGAACCCUGGUAUCAAAGGUGAGCGAGGACCAAAAGGAAAUCCGGGUGAUGCUCAGAAAGGAGAAACUGGAGAAAGAGGACCUGGGGGAAUUCCUGGCUACAAGGGUGACAAGGGUGAACGAGGAGAAUGUGGAAAACCAGGCAUGAAAGGUGACAAAGGACCUCCAGGGCCAUAUGGACCAAAGGGACCCAGAGGAAUUCAGGGCAUUGGAGGACCUCCAGGGGAACCAGGCCCAAAGGGAUUUCAAGGGAAUAAGGGUGAGCCAGGUCCUCCUGGUCCUUAUGGUCCCCCGGGAGUCCCUGGUAUUGGACAGCAAGGUGUUAAGGGAGAAAGGGGCCAGGAAGGAAGAACAGGGGCCCCAGGACCGAUUGGAGUUGGUGAACCGGGACAGCCUGGUCCACGUGGUCCUGAGGGAGCAACAGGAGAGAGGGGCCCACCAGGAGAAGGGGUUCCAGGACCAAAGGGUGAAAAGGGUUCUGAAGGACCAAUUGGCCCACAAGGAUUGCAAGGCCUGUCAAUCAAAGGGGAUAAGGGGGAUUUGGGACCUGUGGGACCCCAGGGACCAGCAGGCAUUCCUGGCAUCGGAAGUCAAGGAGAGCAGGGAAUUCAAGGUCCAAUUGGUCCACCUGGUCCACAAGGACCCCCAGGACAAGGAUCACCUGGUUCCAAGGGAGAAGUAGGCCAGAUGGGACCUACAGGCCCUAGAGGACCAAUGGGAAUUGGGGUACAGGGUCCAAAGGGGGAGCCAGGUGCAGUGGGACUCCCGGGACAGCCUGGAGUCCCAGGGGAAGAUGGGGCCUCUGGAAAGAAGGGAGAAGCUGGCCUUCCAGGAACAAGAGGCCCAGAAGGAAUGCCCGGGAAAGGACAGCCUGGCCCCAAGGGUGAUGAAGGAAAGAAAGGGAGUAAAGGAAAUCAAGGACAGAGGGGCUUUCCAGGACCCGAGGGGCCAAAGGGAGAGCCAGGCAUUAUGGGCCCUUUCGGAAUGCCUGGAACAUCAAUUCCUGGACCAGCUGGGCCAAAGGGAGAUCGAGGAGGACCUGGGAUGCCUGGUCUUAAAGGAGAACCUGGACUUUCUGUUCGAGGGCCAAAGGGUGCCCAGGGUCCUCGGGGACCUGUGGGUGCUCCAGGACUCAAAGGCGAUGGCUAUCCUGGUGUGGCUGGACCUCGAGGAAUGCCUGGACCCCCUGGACCAAUGGGCUUACGUGGUGUGGGAGACACUGGAGCAAAGGGAGAGCCAGGGGUCAGAGGCCCUCCAGGUCUUCCUGGGCCUCGGGGCGUUGGAACCCAAGGACCAAAGGGUGAUAUUGGUCAAAAAGGUCUGCCCGGCCCUCCUGGUCCCCCUGGUUAUGGAUUACAAGGAAUUAAGGGGGAGCAAGGACCUCAAGGUCUUCCAGGGUCAAAGGGUGCAGUGGGUCAUGGCCUCCCUGGUCAGAAGGGAGACCAUGGAGAACGGGGUGAUAUGGGAAAAAAGGGUGAAAAAGGCGAAAUUGGGGAGUCUGGAUCUCCAGGAAAACAGGGUUUACAAGGACCAAAAGGAGACCUGGGACUUACGAAAGAAGAAAUUAUCAAACUUAUUAUUGAAAUAUGUGGUUGCGGGCCCAAAUGCAAAGAGACUCCACUGGAGUUGGUAUUUGUAAUUGACAGUUCAGAAAGUGUAGGUCCAGAGAACUUUCAGAUCAUCCAAAAUUUUGUGAAGACUCUGGCUGACCGGGUAUCCCUGGACCUUGCCACAGCCCGGAUAGGCAUAAUCAACUAUAGCCACAAGGUGGAGAAGGUGGCUAGUCUGAAACAGUUCUCCAGCAAGGAUGACUUCAAGCUGGUGGUGGACAACAUGCAGUAUCUGGGGGAAGGCACCUACACAGCCACUGCUCUUCAAGCAGCCAAUGACAUGUUCAAGGAGGCAAGGCCAGGUGUAAAGAAGGUGGCCUUGGUCAUCACUGAUGGACAGACAGAUUCCCGAGAUAAAAAGAAACUGGCAGAUGUGGUGAAGGAUGCCGAUGACUCCAAUGUGGAAAUAUUUGUGAUUGGGGUGGUGAAGAAAGAUGAUCCAAACUUUGAAAUUUUUCACCAAGAAAUGAAUCUCAUCGCCACUGACCCAGAACAUGUUUAUCAGUUUGAUGACUUCUUUACUCUGCAAGAUACUCUGAAGCAAAAAUUGUCUAAAAAAAUUUGUGAGGAUUUUGAUUCCUAUCUCAUUCAAGUUUUUGGAUCAUCAUCCCUUCAACUUGGAUUUGGGAUGUCAGGUGAAAAUCUUGGCACAUCCACUCCAAAGCCCUCAAGAGAAAUUUCUGAGUUGUUUAAUUUACCUAGAGGCCAGAAUGAAGAGAAUGAACCCUCCAUGUUGACUGAGGCUGAUAAACUGGCUGUCCUGACCCCGCCUGAGGCCACCAGUACACCUGAGCCAUUUCUCAGCAGCUCCGAAGCAAUGGAAACCAGAACCCAAAGUCCCAAUUUGAUUUUACAGUCAGAAAAAUCUCUAUACAAAGAUCCAAGAUGUGAGGAACCCCUGAAACCUGGAAACUGUGGAGACUAUGUAGUUCGAUGGUAUUAUGACAAACAGGUCAACUCUUGUGCUCGCUUUUGGUUCAGUGGCUGCAAUGGCUCAGGGAACAGAUUCCACAGUGAAAAGGAAUGUCAAGAAACUUGCCUUAAAUGAUGAAGAAGCUCAUCAGCCUGCUCCAAUCAGAGGCUCAGAAAGAGCCCAACACAAACUUUGCGCCACAGCCGA